AUGAUUGCUGCUGCGGCUACUCGGGCAAACGUGAAGAGCUCCCCAUUUUCCAAGGAGCAGCGCAGCCUACGGGUAUCUGAUGUCAGAGUUGCCAUGAUUGAUGGCCUACACGUUUCUGUCGCAUCUUUGCAGCUGGUUUGCAGCCUCGCGUCGUCGAAGUUGUUUGCGUUUGAGCUGCAGCUGAACGGGAUCUCUCUGAACCCUUUGGUGGGAGACAGCCAGGACGACAAGAAAGCCAAGUUUCGCCAGAAGAGCAGAAGCUGGACAUCCCUCCACAGGAGGCUGGAGCUGCAGCAUCUUGGAAUUUCUGCUGCCAGUCUGACUGGCUCGGCAAGCUCAGCACUGCUGUCGGUGUCCGGCUGCUGUGUGGAUUUGGUCGAGGGCAGGGAUGUCGGGCGGCGAGACGGCCAGACUGGCUCCGCCAGAAUGGCGCUGCUGCCACGCGAUGUUCGGGCCAACGUAAGCUUGCGGGACUGUCACGCACAAUGUGGUCAAGCGGAACUUGCUGACUUGGCAUCUCUGGUAUGCCACAUCGCUCAGCCACCCGUGCCACCCCUGGGUCUGCUUCGGGCCACAGCACGGCAGCAUGUGGAGGCCAUAUUGGCGCAGGCAGUGAAGUCACAGCGGCGAGAAAAGCGUGCAGGCAGACAGCCGAAGAGUGGCGGAGGAAUGGCCGCUGCUCAUGGUGCGGUUGCUGCUACAGCUGCUGAUGCAGCAGAGACUGCUCGGAGAACAGCUGCAGUGGCUGUUCACGGUGCAGAGCGUGCGGCAGCUGUUGCUCAAAGGGCUACGCACAGUGCUACCCAAGCACUGGGUGGUGCCCGUCACAGUGGGCAGGCGGCUCAGGCGGCAGCUGAAAAGGCCUUAGGGCAAGCUGCAUCGACCUCAAAAAAAGCCUUGGGCAGCUUGGGCACACUUGUGCGUGGCAACUUCAAGGGAAAGCUCGGAUUUGCCACAAGUCCGAAGCCGGUGAAGGGCGCAGCAGGGGAGCAGGCCAGCUCUACAUGCCCACUGAGUUUGGAGGAGCAGGAGGAGCUGGAGUUACAGCAG